AUCAUCAUUCACAUAGGCGAUGGCGAGGACUGCACAAAAAAUGGUGACCUGCCGUGCUCGCUUCGAGAAUCAAAUGGAUCAGAUGAUCGAAAUGUGGGAGGAUCAAGGGGUCCAGUGGAUGAGAAUCCGCGAUAUGGCAUUCAAAAGAACCUGGAAGCUGUGGAGGCCAGGCAGCGCAUUCUGGAGCAAUGGUCCAGUCGAGCCACAAUGUUCAGUCUCACGAUUGAGGGCACAAAAAACUGCCUGGCACGGCAGCUGGCAUGCAACAACGGGGGCGCAUGGUUUAGCCUGGACG